AUGGCUGCGACUCGCGGCGAGGAGAAAAUCUGCAUGAGCAUGUAUCAACGCAUUAAUGGCGCUGACUGGCGCAAUAUUUUCGUCGUCGGCGAUCUGCAUGGGUGCUACACGCUGCUGAUGAAUGAACUCGAAAAGGUUUCGUUCGACCCUGCGUGUGAUUUGCUGAUUUCGGUUGGAGACCUUGUUGACCGCGGCGCGGAAAACGUCGAGUGCCUGGAGCUGAUUACUAUGCCUUGGUUCCGGGCUGUGCGAGGUAACCAUGAGCAGAUGAUGAUUGAUGGGCUAUCGGAGUAUGGAAACGUUAACCACUGGCUGGAAAACGGCGGCGUGUGGUUCUUCAGUCUUGAUUAUGAAAAAGAGGUGCUGGCUAAGGCUCUGGUUCAUAAAUCGGCCAGCCUGCCAUUCGUCAUCGAGCUGGUUACCGCUGAACGUAAAAUCGUUAUCUGCCACGCUGACUACCCGCAUAACGAAUAUGCGUUCGACAAGCCGGUCCCGAAAGACAUGGUCAUCUGGAAUCGUGAACGGGUUAGCGACGCUCAGGACGGCAUUGUCUCGCCGAUAGCUGGUGCUGAUCUGUUUAUCUUCGGCCACACCCCUGCGCGCCAGCCCCUGAAGUAUGCCAACCAGAUGUACAUCGAUACUGGUGCCGUGUUCUGCGGAAACCUCACGCUGGUACAGGUUCAAGGUGGUGCCCAUGCGUAA